CCUUCUCAUUCGUUCUCUGUCUCUCAGUGGCGGCAGCUCAGCGAGGCAGAUGUAUGUGAGUCUGCAUUGCAAUUACCACAGGUAAAGACAGCUGCGUCGUUGGAUGUCGCUAACCCCAAAGGGGGUUGGAGACCCUUUGCUGCUGCUGCGUUUGCAAGUUCUCAUCCCGGUGCGGGUCGCACAUUUCUAAUCAUCUCCGAGAAAGCAUCCUGGAGGGAAGGACGAGCAGAGGAUCCCAGCAACUAAACCAACAAAUCACUGGCUGACUGGAAGGAGCACGGGCUUCCAGGGACUGAUGAAAAUCCACCACUCAGAGAGAGACACCAGAGAACCAGUGGGAUAUUUUUAACAUCGUGGUCUACUGUUAGUUUUUUCUUCUUGCCUCUUGCUUUGCUGUUCUCCCUCUUUCAAUUAUUUUUAUGCACUCCCCGCUUCUCUGCCUCUCAAAUUCUUUAUCCCUCUGUGGCGGAAUGUUCCCUGCGAAUAGAUGAGAAGAGGCUUUCUGAGCAAUUGCUGCAGUAUUAACAAACAGUAUACUGAGUCAGUGGAGAGCUGAGCGGACAGCUUGGGGGAAAUCUGAUCCACAGCCGGCCGAAGAAGGAGAAGGAGCAGGAUCACGCGUCGCAGUUGCAGAUUUAUCCACCCUGUGAUACUGCACGACAACACCCCUCAUUCUUUUUUUCCCCUCUCUCUGUCCUCAUAAGAAGUGUUUCUUUUUGGCUGAAUCUGGGUUUGGAUUCUAGUGCUUUAUUUUUAGCCUCAGUGGAAUUGAGAUCACACGAAAAGGCACCAAAGUCGGAUUAGAUCCAAAGAGAAGUGAGAAAUACAAAGAAGAAAAGGAUGAAAAGGAGAGGCUGAUGGAGGAGCAACGGGUGACAGAGAUAGGGCUAAUCGUGGCUGAGUGUGGAACCGACUCAUAAGCGAUACAUCCUCUUUGCUCCUGCUCUGUUUCAGGUACGAAAGAGACAAAUCUUGGCAUCCGAAGGACGCUGACUUGGCUAAAGCUGUCGGCACAGACUGCAUAGGAAAACUGUUUAUUCUUUUUUUUUUUUUUUUUUUUUUCGGUCUUGUACAGGGUGGGGAAGCAACUGGACCCGCCCUGUAAGUUUCACUCUCGUUUUAGAUAAUACCGUCCCAUCGUGGAUUGUACAUGGAAGGGGACUUACAUGCAUGUUAAGUUAAAAUAGUUGGAUUUUUGCUGCAAUAGCAUCCACACACUGAUGCCAAGGAUUUCUCACAUGCACAGAUGUAAAGCUGUACCUUCCCAUCCAUCUCUCCCAUCCCUCCCAUCUCUGUAUUGUCUCUCUUUCUCCUUUUGGGGCGCGUCACUUCUUCUCCUUUGAACAUUAUUGGAGUUCAUUAUUGCUUGGGCAAGAGUUGGACCAGACUAAAUAUGGACUAAUUGGGAGAGUAUCAAUUUACAUCAACUCCCCUGCUCAGCACUGGGUGUCUCUGGGUGUGAGUGCGUGUGCUUGUGUGUUUGUGACUGUGUGUCCGCAUGUAUCUUUUGCACCCCUCCCUUUUCUCUCUAUCUUUGGAAUACUUAUUUGUGUAGGUGUUACUGAGAGCCAGAUUCAGCGGAGUGCUUCUUUAUCCAUUUGUCCAUCGGCCCCUUUGUAUUUUCUCACUAUCCGGCAUUGUCGGGAACCUUUCUGCCAUGUGCUAUGGAUGUCUAUCGCAGGGUUAACCCUAAAUGAGCCAAAAGGGACGGCACGGAAGGAUGAGUGAGUGCUCAGGGGCAGCUGCAUCUGGGGCAGUGAUCCUGGAGGAACCUGAGGGAUCAGCGGCUUCUGGUGGCCGUGGAGAGGGCCAGGCCCAGGAACAGGGUCCCCUUCGCUGUGCAGUUUGGCCUCGUCAACAAACAUGGCUGUGUGUGGUCCCCUUACUUAUCGGUUUCAUUGGUCUUGGAUUGAGUCUAAUGCUGCUGAAAUGGAUUGUUGUGGGUACAGUGAGGGAUUAUGUGCCAACAGAUCUGGUGGAUGCUAAUCGAAUAGGCCAAGAUCCUAUUUUUCUCUCCAAGCCAAGCGGGAUUCCCAAAAGUCCCGAUACUACCACCACUACAACUUUUCCUACAGUUGAUGGUGGGAACCCAACACCUCGAACUGUAACUGUGGCAAAAGGCAGAACUCGCACAACUGCUACUACCACAACUGUAAAUCCCAGAGGGGGCGGGGCUAGUCAAGUAACUCCUCGGAAUCCUGGACAUCGCAACGGACGUGGCCCUUCAGGUUUUACUACGACCACCGCAGCACCACGGACAACCUUCAUAAGUGGAAGUGCAACAUCUAGCUCCUCUCCGUCCAAUCCAACAGUACUUCAUGACUCCACACAGAUGUGGACGGCGGAACAUACGACUACUGAGACGGUCUCCACUACACUCACCACGCGUACGCAUGGUCACCGCAAAACACCAUCUCCAACAGUCCCUCCACUGCACUCGGAGCAUUUCAAACCCUGUCAUGAGAAGGACUUGGCCUACUGCCUAAAUGGUGGUGAAUGCUUUGUCAUCGAGACACUCAGCGGGCCUCACAAGCACUGCAAGUGUCGUGAAGGUUACCAAGGAAUCCGCUGUGACCAGUUCCUGCCCAAGACAGACUCCGUCCUGUCAGACCCAAAUCACCUGGGCAUCGAGUUUAUGGAGAGCAAAGAGGUAUACAAGAGGCAGGUGCUGUCAAUCACAUCCAUCGCCAUGGCGAUCAGCCUCCUGGGAACGCUGUGUAUGGCCCUCUACUGUCGCAACAAGAGACGCAGGGAGAAGCUCCAGGCCCACCUGAAGGAGAGUCGCAGUCUGAAAAACUACACUGCCAAUUCACAUAAUGCCCUGGAUGCCAAGAUGAGGGCCCCCAACACCAACCUGCAAAUGCACGAGUACUGCAAGCGGGCCUCCCAGUCUCGCCAGGGAAGUGUCUGUGAGUCCAACUUCGCACAGUGCAGCAUCACCACCACGCCACCCAGCAGCUUGAGAGGCCCAGCAAAACAUCACAGAAGUGGGUCCUUGUCUCACAGCCCCGACCAGAGGACCCGGGCAGCCCCUUGGUCAGCUCCUCGCCGGACUCCACCCAUACCAAGAGGAAGGCUAAACCCACUUGGAGGAUCCAAGUAUUCAGGCCCCGCCUACCAGCACCUUCAGGAAGUAGAUUCGUCUGAGAAGGAUGCAGAAGCACAAAAAGGUUUCCAAAUGCAGGGAGAGAACCAACGCGAUGACUCCAGAGGAGAUGCCUUUCUACAUAUGCAAACUCCUGUUACCACGGAGACGCAGUCGCCAUCGCCUUGGAGUGGUCGCUUGGAAGUGCGCUCACACCCGUUCUUUCCGUCUGAGCACAACAUUCCCAGUCCCAACACCCGGAGCCUGAGGAGGCCCGGACGCCAUCCCAGCCGCUCCCCGCCUCCCCCGUUUCGCUCCUGCUCUAUCCCCAUCAUUCCGUCCGUGCAGUGUCACCAUGACAACGAGGUGUCUUGUAUGCAAACCGGCGUCAUCCCGGCAACCACAGUGAUGUCAGUCACCUGCGGAGCCACGCCCUGCAACAAAGAGAGGAGAGAGAAGGCGCCGCACGCCACGUUGUUUUCCUCUUCCUGCUCGUCCGCCAUUGGCCAGCAGCAAGACGAGGUGGCGCUGCUGCUGGAGGAGGCGCAGGAACAGCUCAGGGCGUUGGCUCACAGGAAGCAGGAAGAAGGGGGGGUCAUUAGCAAUGGAUCAACGGUUCCACCAGUGGAGGCCAGAGAAACUGUUUGCUUCCUGAACCUUUAUGGAGGAAGCGCUGGUACGCUGAGCUGUAACGGACCCACGCAGACCCAGCUACUCAGCCCCAGCCUAUCACACAGAGACCUGGGCCAGACCGGCCAAUGAAAGGACAAGAUUUGGGACAUUCAGUUUGACAGUGUUUGACAGACUCUGGUGUUCUGCAUCUGUGUGAUGCCAGUGGAAAUGCCGAAAUGAAAAAAAAAAAAAAAGAAAAAAAAGAAAAAUGUAAUAUCACGGAAAAUCUGAAAAUGUGCUGAUGAUAUGCAUACUGUAUGGAUACAAGCAUACAAACACUUCUUGAGUGGCCGCCUUUACACCGACUGACAGUAUGGAAAAAGAGAAAAAAAUAUUUACAUGCAUUUAUUUACAAAACAGGAAAACACUUCUACUUAGACAAAAAGAAACCAAAUAGUCUGUCAAAUCCAUGGUGUUUUUAAUUGUAAAAAGAAUAUAUAAAUAUAUAUAUAUAUAAAUAUAUAUGGAUAUAAAUAUAUGGAAUUCAAAAAGUGACCAAGUACAAAGUUGAAGAACACAGGAAUGAUGUAACUAUUUUUCUUGUUUUGUUUCUUCUCCCUGUUUUGUAUUGACUCUGUCACAUUUUGGUUCGGGGUCAGCUGUAAGUGAAGAAGGUCAUUAACGUCACGCCGCACGUCGAAUCCGAUCCAGCGAGUCCGCGCGGGAUCGAAAACGGCCCGCGAGAAAAACGAGACUCCGCCAAUUUUUUCACCCCCCUUGCCUUCUGAAAACUCUUAUCCAGCCAAGAAUUACAGCGCAGCUCCCUGUGGUAAAUAACAACACUUUGAGGAUUUAUGACACAAAACAAAAAACAUCCCCAGCUGUGUGUGUGUGUGCGUGUCUGUGCUGGGACGCAUCCAGGGAGAUGAGCGACGACAGAGAAGAAAAAAACAAGAACCUACUUCCUGUGUUGUGUUUGGGCGGGCACAUUGUCAGAGUCAGCCCCCAUGCUGACUUCACUCUGGCCGGGAUUUGAAACCAAUCUGGAUUAUUUUUGUUUUGGUUACAGAUUAUAUUUUCACACAUGCACACACGCACACUUUGCAUUAUGGUUUUGUUGGUUGGACGGCCGAAUGACUGAAUGGACAUGCACACGAGGGAGGACGGAGGGCUACGGAGCACCGCAGGAGCUAAUCAGACAUUUUUCGUUCGUUCCGUUCUCCAUUUUAUUAAUGAACAAUGCUGCUUUCUGGGGCUGACGGGUGGGGGGAAUGAACCACAUGGUUUUGGUAUUGAAACAAGAAAUAAAUGUCUCUAUGUUGUAUCCUAUGAAUUGGAAGCUUUUGAAUCUCUGUAUGAAGUUACAGCCAAAUGUUUCUGGUGUCAAAAAGUAAAAAGAAAAAAAAAACUGGUUGCUAUUCUGGUAAAGAUUUUUCAAAGUAACAUUUGUUUUAGUUGAUUGCUUGAAAGACAUUUUGACACCUCCGACAGCGACCUGUCCGAACAUGCAUGCUGGAUAACACUCUGGUUUGUGCGGACAUUACUCAUACUUUGGCCUUUUCAAACAUAACAGCUGCAGCAGCUGGAGGAAACCUGGGAUCAGCCUUCACUAAGUGCUUGACGGUUUCCUGUUUGACCAUCUCCCAUCCAUCUGCCCAGGAUGCAGAAAUGUUUUCAAAUGUGGUUUAAUUACCCGAUUCCAAACUCUACAUCCAUAAACAUCGGUCUCUGCUGGUGGGGCCAAUCUUAAACAGCAGCUCUUACUUUUAUUCUGUCACUUUGCAAAUGUUUGUUGAUGUCAUUUUGGAAUAAAAACUCUAUAAAAUGAGAGGGGAAUGCUGGCAGAAUUUCACCCGUCAUUGGUUCCUAUUAAAAAUGGGCACGAGUGGGGAAAAAAAAAAAAAUUAAAAAAAUAACGCGACAUGUGAACGUGGAGGUUUUGGCAUCCACUCAAAACCUUUUCAGAAACGUGGUUCAAAGGAUGUUUGCUUUGGAAAAUAAUCAAAGGAGCUUAAUUGUAAAACCGAAGUAAAAGCUUGAACUUGAAACCCAAGUAUUUAACAUUCUCGGUUUCACAGCAAUUUUAUCUCCAUCAAAAUCGUUUAAAUAGGGCAGUCCGGGUGUUCUCUUUGAGCUUUUCUCUCAGAUAUCACCAAGUCAGCUGACUUCAGGAUAUUUUUUGUACAAUAAGUCUCACACAGAACCCUCAAAGCAGCUCUCUACAGGCUCAGUGUGCCCCCCUGUUAACAAACCGCCGCUCUCUGCUGCCAUGGCUACUGUUUAGUGACGUCCACGUGCUUCUUUCGCUGCUCUUUACAGUUCAGGAAGAUUUGAUUCAGUGCUGCUGCACUCUGGAGUGACAGUUCACACUGUCACCCUCAUUCAACACACAACUGCACGUACACGCAGACAAAGAAACACCUUUCUGUCUUUGGUUCUAACGUUUAUAGCCACGGCCCUCUGACACAGCUCCAUCGGCUUUGUAUUAAAGUACCCCCUUAUUUGGAAAAGUGGAUAAGCCUCGGUUUCGGUAAGUUUUAGUACAUUUCACUUAUAACAAAUAAGAGCUUUACUGAGGAGUAACAUUAGCCAUACAAUACAGAACUUGAGGUAUGAAUUCAUCACAAAAUGCAGCUUAAAUGAUUAUUACCUGACACUAAAUGUGAACCACAACACCAGGUUUCUGUGCCUAUUCCAGCUGUUUCUUCUAAUGCAGUGAUCCAUUUACUUCUCCUUUCUUUGGCAGAUAUCUGUAAAAAUGUAUCCGCGCCUGCUUUUCAAUCUGUUGGAACAGUCAAUCGCACAACAGCUCUUCCUCUUUUUUUUUUAAUGUGUUUCAUAAUUUAGACAGUAUUAAAGCCUAUGAUUCAAACUAAUGCGACUAAUCUCCCUGCUCAUCUGUCACUUUUUGCCACUCCGUGGCCGUAACCACGGAGACGUCAGCUAGCUGUGACGUCACGUCCACGCCCUCUGUUGGUUUAGCACAAAAAUAUGUUACAAAUCUGUGCUAGGUGGGAACGAAGCUGUUACGAGCUUGUACGGAGUUCCACACCUAGCCACACAGAAUGCUUAUUUUUUCAUUCUACCAUUAAACCCUGAGAAGACGCUUUUCAAUAUAUAGGGACCUCAAGACUUUAAUUUGAUAAUGACACCCACCCCCACACAACACUGGUGUGGAGGUUGAUGCAGAGACCAUAAAUUGUAUAAAGAUGGACUAAAAUAAAUCAUUCAUAAAUAAAUAAUUUUUUAUCAAGGACGGUUUCAGUCGUUUCAGGUUGGGAAUAAAAUGCUGAUGUAUACUCAGGCUUCCAUCAUUUGGAAACGUUUCGUUUUUAGUUAUUUGACGCUAUUGAAACAGGAUAUGACAUCACGAUCACUACAAGCUGCCACACUCAGUGAAGCACCCUGUAGGACAGUUUAUUGAAAUGAAUAAGUACAGUGUGUAAUCCAACAUUUCUUUGUAAGAAGUACUGUACUGAGUAGACUCUGGCUCCAAACUCACAGGAUAGCGGCGCUCGUGUCAAAAGUUAACGACCAUCAGUUUGGGCAAUGGAAGAAAGUGGAGAUGAAGUGUCCAUAUUAAUAUACAGUCUAUGGUUGAGGCACAUUGCAGUGACUGACCAGCUGUAAUUAGUAUAUGAGAUUUAACCAGAUAAAAGUCUGUAAGAGGUGUCCUUGGUUUCUUAUCUGAUCCACACAUGCAAUAGCCUGAUGACAAACUAGCAUUUCCAUUUCAACAGACACGUCUGUAAGAGUUGUGCACCUUGAGAAAACAGCAAUUACUUCUGGCAUGCAGGUGCUCCGGCACAAUGUACAUCUGAGCAUCAGCAAUUAUACAACAGAGGAGAGGGAAAAGUAAUUUAAUGCAGCUGUCUCUGCUUUCCACCCCGAACAUCUUUAAAUGGUUCUACAUGUGCCAGCAACUGAACAUUGCUCACUGCAUAACUUCACAUCCUGCUGGUUUAACAUCAUAAGAAGCGGCGGAGGAAGAGGAAUGAGGGUGUAUUUGAUUAGGAAAACCUGACGGGCUUCUCUUUUUAUUAGUCACAGAUUUAGAGAGCAUAUCUGCCUUUCUUCAUUAUAGAGAAAAUUUUGUUUAAUGAGACGGUGGGUGUGGGGGUCGGGGUACGUGUGCAAAUGGAAGGAUUAUGACUUUAACACUCGCGUUUAACUAUUUGACUGCCAAAACUAUACGGCGGCAGAUCUGUUCGUUCUUUAGUGUGAAUGGGCCGGCUAUUGGGUUUGCUAUUUAUUAUAUAGAAACAUAAAACUGAAAUUUAAAAGAAUCAUUAAUGAAAUUAAUAAUGCAGAAUGUCUGAAAAGACUUGUUCUCUAAUUAGACUUGACUUUUUCAGUCUAUUUCCUUCCAUUUAUUGCAAACUGUACUAAAUCAGUCGCCUGGUCGGUGGAUUCUGAGUGAAAAUUAUUAUUCUUUUCACGUAAGGAUCCUGUCAAAUUCUGGUGACGAUUGGUAAACAUGGAAAGCAAUGUACAUGUGCGUGCCCACAUCCAUUCAGGUUCCUCUAGCGAUGUAUUCCGUGUGCAGCUAUGCAGUUUAUCAGUUUCUAGCGCAGUUCCAACCUUUGACUGCCUGCGCACUCAGUUCCACCUUUACUCCUGAACCACAGCACAGAUUUCUGGCCCACGCUGCACUUUAGCUGCUUCAGCUGUAGUCAGUCAGACAGCAAAAAGUGAGGUAGUUAAGACCAUCAGUACAGUGUCUGUUUUUGUGUGUGUUUGUGUGUGAGACUGAUGGCAGGGAAUAGAGGUUAGACCAUCAGGCCAGAGAGAUAAGAGCUGUAGUUUGAUCCUCUAAAAGCGCUAGACUGGCAGGCCAGGCAAACCCAGCAGACCUCAUCUGAACUACACGCCAGUGGAGCCCAGAUACUGUGAGCAUUUGCGUGUGCGCGUGUGUGUAUGCAGCCACUGCUCGUGCGUCAACAUCUCUUUCUUUACCGUUUGCCGCCUCCUGUCUUCACACAAGCCCCUGCAGCCUGGACCGCCACACAUCUAGAUAACAGGCCCGCUGAAGUAUAAAGCAAUGACGCUCUGCCGCCUUUGAGAAACGGUGAUUUGAGCGGGAUCAGGUCGGAGAUAUGUGGAGGGAGCACGAAAUAUGGAGGCGAUGAAAAAGGUGUCAGGACAUUUCCAUAUUAAAAAGCAGGAUUCUGGAGAGUGACAGAGAGGAUAACCCCUGUUACAGAUACUGCGCACUUGGGUGGGAAUCUUUACACCAAAAUGUGUGUGUGUGUGUGUGCAGGUAUGUUUUUGUUGACCUGUUUCGGUCCUCCAGGGCUGUCCUCAUCUGUCCUUAUCUUCUUUAGCAUAAUGUCCCAAAAACUGUCCAGCCGGUCUUUAUCUUUUUACAUUUUCAGUAAGUCAGAGUGAUGUGGGAAAAAAACUGUUUCCAGUACCCAGAAAAGAGCUCAUAUUAAUCUGCCAUUCAACACAGUCUGUGUUUCACUUUAAUUUUCUGGCACCAGGACCAGCCAGGAGCAAAUCCAAUCACUAAUCUUCACAGCUUCAGGAGCACUUACAGGGCAGCAACUGUACAGUAGACGACACUCACAUAACUCUCACAUGCGUGGUCUCCGUAACUAAGACAUCCCAGCAUGUGGCGUGAGGAAACGUGUGUCAUGUAGGUAACUGAGUUCACUCUCAACCUUUCAUGUGAAAUGCAGCUUUUAGUGUUCAGCCUUUGUAUUUCCUUCCCUUUGUUUCAGCAAAAAUCUACAUCUGAAAAACUCACACACUCGUUUUAAAAAGUCAAACAUCGCACCCCUCGAGCAAUGAACAGUGUUUCCUCUCGGCGAGGACAGAGAGUUUGCAACAGAGGAGCUGCAGGCAGGCUACAGGAUCUCCUUCAUCAUGUCAGAGACACAACUGCAUUAGCUGCUACAAUGUGAAAACAGUGAGACCAACUAUGAUCAGUUAUUCCUAAAACAAAUCAGUCAAGUUUAAGUUGAGCUACUUCACGUAGCACAAAUUAACCUUAAUCAGAAAAUAGAGUGCAUAAAGAAGACAGUGGGUCAUCAUUUUCUCUGAGAAAAGCAAAAAGUUAAUUUGAGAUAGAGGUUAUCCUUUAUUAUUCUUUGCAGAUGUCCUUUUAAUUCCUGAAUAUUCAUGAGUAUGGUGUUCCUUUCUAUGGCAUAUCUACAACCACAGGACCACGCUCUGUGAUACUGAGCUAGUUUGCGAGCUAGUCACGAAAUUUCAUUCAAGUGAUUUACGCCCUUGGGCGAGAAUUCUUUAACAGUUCUGUCUUCACCAUAUUCAGGGCAUGCACGAUCCUCUCCUAAACCAUAAUGAGUGUUUUUGUUGCUUAAUGUGACCAAGCAGAAACUGAAAGAAAUGAAAAUGAACUCAAAUAUGAAAAUGAAAAGUCCUACAGAAGUUGACAUCAGGGACGCUAUAUCAGGCUGGCGCAAAUUAAAAUGAUUUAUUCAUUAUUUUCAUUUAAAAAAAUGAAAUGGAAAACGACUGUGUUGUACACUUUUAGAGUCUGCCGCUUUCAAACAGAAACAGAGCUACAUGAAUUGAUCACUGCUGCAUUCAGUUUAUAGGUCUGUGUUAUGACUGUUUUCUUUUUUUCUAUUUCUUUUUUAUAGACACUUGUCUUGAACAAAGCACAUUUGGUAACCAUCCUCUUAAAAAUGUGAAUUAGCAUGUGUGAGAGAGAGAGAGCUUGUGUGGAAGGCCUCGUGUGCAUGUGUGACACAGCAGACUGUAAUGUAAAUGUAUAAAGUACAAAAGCAUCAGGGGGUGAUUUAAAGAAAAUAACCACCCAUGACCUGUUUACAUCAUGAAGAACUAUCUUCUAUUUGUUCAUUCAGUUUUUUAUUGUUUCUUUUUUUUCCAAUAAAAACGAGUCUUCAGUGUCA